GAGACGGUACGUCAGCGGCGGCGGCUCACAGCACAGGACCUCCGCGCCGCGCGUGCAUCUCCAAGCUCUUCACGGCCCAUCAAGCCAACAGGCCGCCAUUGCCGUCGAAGCCGCCAUUGGCCACCCAGCGCCACCAGCAGCCCUCGCCGUCGCCGCUGCCGCCGUCGAUCGCGCCGAUUGCGCUUCCGCCCACCAGUGGCAUGAUCUUAGGUGACAGCUGCGACGGGGGCGGAGGCCGUAACUGUCGAGCCGUCCACGGUGGUCAUGGCGUUGGGGACGUAGAGAAGGGGUCCAGUGACGGUGACGGCGGUGGCGGUGAUGGUGAAGGGACGACAGAUGGUGAUACGGAUGACAGCAAGGGGCGCAGCAGGCGGCGAAAGAGCGGCGGCGGCGGCAGCGUGCGAGGCGCAGGGAACACGGCGCGUUCCAGAAGAGCAUCAACGGGGGGGGAUGCAGCCAACGGCGCCGCAUGGGUGAGCAGCAGCGGCGGCGGCAGCGCCCGCGGCCGGGGCGGCCGCGGUGGGAGCCGUGCCGCUGCCGCUGCUGCCACGGGGAAGCGAGCUGCGACGGAUGCUCCUCCGGCCUUUAAAAUCAGCGAUGGAGUGGAUUUCAGCCGCGGCGGCGGUGUGUACGGAGGUACGGACGACGGCGCAGGCGGCGGCGACGGGAGUGUGGGCGUCCAGGCGCAGGCCAGCAAGCGGCACAGGGCAGCGGCGGUGGCAGCGUCUGGACCGACCGGCGGCGGCGAAGGUCCAGAUUUGAUUACCCUACAGGCGCGUUUGUAUCCGUGUGGGCCAGGGGGCCCUCCUGGCCAUGUGGCGUUGGUGCUGGGGCCGCCGGCGGCGCUGCUGCGAAUGUCCGCUGAGACAGUGCUCGUACAGCUGCCUGCGGGGUUGGAUCUGCAGUUCAGUGAUACGUACGCCUCCUCUCGAAAUGUGCACCGCUAUGUCCAUAUCUCCCUUUUUUCCCACGCAAAUCAUGUGGUACCUUUGUUACUGAUUGGUGGAUCGAUGGGGGAUAUGGGCGCCAUAGGCCGGGUCGCUCCCCUGCCCGGGGUGCUUCAAGGCCUAUCGGCCGGUGGGCAAAUGUACGGCGGCCGCGGCCGCGGCCGCAACGGCGUCAACAACACCAGCGAUGAGGACUUUGGCGAUGACAACGACGGAGAUGACGAUGACGAUGAUGACGGUACGGAACCCGGCAAUGCGGCCGCCGCCAUCCCCACCGCCGCCGCCUGUACGGAAGUAGUCGAGGCGGUCCUCGCCUCCGGUGGUCUGGGUCUGGACUUGAAGGGCGAGCUACUGCGUCUACGGCAUGCGCCGUUGCCUGCUACAGCCAUGGUUGUACGGAUCGACGCCCCGCCCUCUGGCGGCGGCGGCGGCAGCGUAGGAGCAGGAGGAGGGGGGAAGCCGCGCAGCGCAGCUGUCGAGCGGGUCUUCAAGUCUUGCCUCUUUGCCAGCCAAUACGUCGCCCUAGGUGACGCCGGCGGCGUCCCUGGCGCGUUGCCGUACGAAGAGGAUGUCGACUGGGAUGAUCCGUACGGCGCUGCUGGGGAUGAGGACGGUGGUACGGUGGGCGAGAAAAGGGGCAUUGAAGCAGCCGCAGGUGACGAAGAGAACUGCGGCGGCGGCGGCGGCGGCGGCGGCGGCGGCGGCAAGGCGCGUGGUGCUGGAAAAGGGAAAGUGAGGGGAGCGGCGGGGCGCGGGGACUCAGGAAGUGGCAGUGGCGUUCGCGGACGAGGCGUUAGCGGUGUUGCAAAGCGCUCGCGGGGGCGGAAGGUUGGCGCGAAGGGUGUUCCCAAGAGGGGCAAGUUGGGGCGCGGCGGCGGCGGCGGUGGCGGCGGGGCCGGCAGGCGUAGUGGCAGGUGA